CCGCCAUUUUGGAUGGGGAUACUUUUCAUGUUUAUUUGAAGGAUUCAUGGUUUGCGGAUUUGUGAUUUAGUACUAAGAUGCGUUUGUCUGAUUUGUUUAUUACUGCGUAACUUAUAGUAGCUAUUAUUAUUAUCAUUAUCAUUAUUAUUAUAAUUAUCAUUAUUAUUAUUAUUAUUGUUGUUGUUAUGCUAUUGUAAUAUUAUUCGAUAGCAGUCAUACUUUUGCUCAAGCCUGGCACGUUGUACAUUUAGCCUACCACUGUUGCUUUCAGUAUUAUUGACAGUGCGCACAGACAUAUAUGAGAUAUUUAAUGAAGCAAAUUUUAUAUUGUUAUAGCUUUGUUGAGUUGUAACGUGCCCCUUCCAAUAUGGCGGGUGCUACGCGCGCCGAAAUAAGGACGUGAAGCACUUCCGGUGCAGCUACCGGAACGUGGGGACGUGUUGAUGUAGGUGCUUUCUCACGUGUUUGUGUUUUUCCUACGUUAAAAAGCAACUAUUUAGCUUUUUAUGGGUUUUUUGCCAUUUUGAGGCAUUUUGGUCACUGUCCUCUCUGCCAGCCUCUGUUUGUGCGUCAGCAUGGUCACUCCUCUCAGGCUGGUCAGCUCGGUGGCGGUGAAGCUGGCUUCUCUUCCAUUACUGAUUUGUCGCCAUGCCAGUCGCAGUGCCAGGGGCUGGACGGGUUCCGCUACUCGCAGUAAUCCCCUGUCAGGAAACAGAAGGACUGAACAGCAUGAAAUUUCAGAAGACGACCUUGACAUGGAUGAAGUGGAAUCCAAACUGGAGGCUCUUGUGAAGAAGGAGAGGAAAAGGGAGAAAUCUGCCAAAUUUCACAAGAUCAGACAGAAACUGGGUAGCCCUGGAGCCCCUGAAAGACAAUUAAGUUGGGACGCCAUUCAGCAGAUCAGAUACCUAAAGCAGGAGUCACCUGAGGAAUGGACGUUGCAGAGAUUAGCCGAGGGUUUCUCCGUCAGCACCAACGUCAUCUACAGAGUCCUUCGCAGCAAGUUCACCCCUCCUCCAGAGCGGAGGCUUAAACAGGACACCAAAGUGUUAACCAAAGUCAGACAGCUUUCCCUCGAAGACGGUAAAACCAUCCAGUCACGGAAGGACCAAUCACAACUGCCUUUAUCCACCGGCUCUGUACCAGCUUUGAUUUCCUCCGGGACCACAAGCGUAGUCACUGCCCUGACCAGUGGAGCUCUGACACCUGCAGAGUGUACGACAGGACUGGUUCCAGCUGCUGCUAACGUUCCAUCACCUUCAAUAAGGACAGCUCAGAUAUCAACAGUGGCUCAGGGGACAUUACAGGAGCAGCCUGCUGUGAAGCAUGAGCCUACUGAUGUUAAAGAGAGCAGUGUAGAAAUGGAGGAUGAAGGGGAGUGGGAUGGAGUGGUUUUCACAGACGAAGAACUGGAGGAACUCGUACACACACUGAAGGAAAACCCCAGUGUAGUAGAACAAAAGGGCAGAGAGUUUUACGACAGCGAUGGCAACUUCUUAUACAGGGUCUAAACAUGUUUCUUAAAUGAAAUAUUAAAUGCACAGUCAGGGAACGUUUGGUCUUGUACAUGUUUGGAAUAAAUAAAUGAAUAAAAUAUUAACCACAGAAGUUGAAUGUGAACUUUGAAUAAAUUGUAAGCAAAAUAGCAAACAUUUCAUAAUUGUGGUGUUCAAGGAAUAGAAAAAAGAAACAGGUGGUAUCUAUUUAUUUCAUAAUAUACAGAGCAAAAAUGGCCGAUACAAAGGUAAAGCAGUUUUAUAUUUACAAAGCCAACUUCAUGUUAUUUACACUGAUUAUCAAAGGCAAGAAAAUUAUUACAACCCACAAAGCAAAACAGCUUUACUUCAAGUAGGAAACUCAUGUAGUCUUUGUGCUGCAGCCGCCGAUUCAAGCUUUUAACCCCAAACACCACGUGAGUGUGUUGUGACCUAAUUGCAAAUAUAGCAUGCAUAGAAGUACGCGGUUACAUUGAAACCUAAAACACAGAAGAGAAAAGGUGUAUAUAUAUUCUUUUCCAAAAGUCACUGUUAAACCCCAGUUUGUAACCGAUCAAACAUCAUGAGAAUUCAGCUGUCACACAUGACCCACACUGAAAGUGACACAAUCAGUUCCUCAUCAUGACCUCUGACUUCCAAGUAAAUUAUUAAAAGAUACAACAAUCUGCCUCCUUAGUGUUAAUUCUUUAACAAAACGGGCUUAAUAGUUCUUCCUGAAGGCACACAUACCUUCACGUUAGGCACUUGAAUGAACAUACACACCAUUAUUACUUCAUUUAAUAAAAAUCUGUGUAACUAAGAAUAAACUGUUAUAUAUGAGAAGAUAUUGUAGUUAUCUUAGAUUUUUUUUUUUUUUUAAUACUAAAAUGAAGAACUAAC